AUGAUGAGAACAGUGCAAAAACCAGUAUUGUUCAUUGUUAUAUUGAUGGUUUGCAUCAUGACAUGUUUAACGAAACAAGCCGAAAGUAAAGUUUCGUUAAAGAUUGAAAAAGUUUCGUCUACUUUAUCCGUAAUUCCAAAGGACGAUACCAUUUCCCAGAUCAUGUGUGGUAUGGUCGUUGGUAUUGCUCAACAAAAACUAGUCAAGGAAAAGAAAUCAAUGGACGAAACCGAACAAGAUUUGAUCAAAUUCUGCUCACUUUCUUCAUUCAGUAAGAAUGUAACCAUGAUGAAUAUGUGUCAUGACAUGGCGCUGUCAUUUGUCCCACACGUGAUUAGUGAAAUCUUGAUUGCACAUCAAGAACCACUUGCCAUCUGUCAAAGACAAAAACGUGGUAUUGAAUAUGCUCUUACUCGUGUUAGAGAACAAAAUCAGACAAUUGUUUGUAAUAUUUGUCAAUUACUGGUCUAUGAAGUUGAACUUUUUAUUGCACAAAACGAAUCUCUGAAUCAAUUAGCAUACAAAUUAGAUGAAGUUUGCUCAACAGUCCCAGAAACCUAUCAAGGAUUAUGUGUCUACACUGUCGAACAAUAUUUACCAAGUUUCAUCAAAAUGGUGGAAUCUGAACUCUCUCCAAUUUCUUCAUGUAGAAUGAUUGGGUACUGCCCAACAACUGAUAAUUUGAGUAAAUUCAAACCAAUUCUGAAAAAUAAUACAGUGCAGAAGAAGGAAUAUCAUGGAUGUGGAAAGAGAAGAUUGGAAAAACAAAUUCUUAAUUGA